AUGAAUGCGCCCCAUUCUGCCAUUGACAUGCAUUCUGCCAGCGCACCUCAAGAAACCGGAGCCGGAUGUGACGUGAGGUUUGAAAUACAGCUCCAGGACCGCGUUGGAUGCCUAGUUGAUACAGAGAUGAGCGGUGAGAACGUGAAGUUGUUUGUGGGGAACCUUCCUUUAGAUGCAACUCAAGACGAGCUAAACAAGCUCUUUGCUCCAUAUGGAGAGAUCAACACCUGCUCUUUGCUCAGACAGUAUGCCUUCGUUACCCUGAAGGGAGAGGGGGCAGCAGACAGGGCCAUACGACAUCUUGAUGGCAAAGAGUACAGAGGCAGGCCCCUGGUGGUUGAGGAGUCACGUGCUCGCCCACCCAACUCCACUAAAGUAUUUGUAGGGAACCUCGCUGCAACAUGCUCAGCAGACGACCUGCACGGGCUGUUCUCAACCUUCGGAAGAGUUUUAGACUGUGAUAAAGUCAAAGCCAGAUUAUGCUCAAAUGUUGGCUAUGCAUUUGUGCAUAUGGAGCGGAAGGAGGAAGCGCUGGUAGCCAUUGACGCUCUCCAUGGGACCAUGUUCAAGGGCCGUCAGUUGGCCGUAGAGCUGUCCAAAGCCCAACCUUUGAUCAACCAGCUUGCCAUGGCCGGAAACAACUUCGCCGGUGGUGUAGCAGGUGGCAGGGAGGGCCUUCUUCCGCGACCACCUCCAUCACUAGAGCACCAUCAGAGUCAAGCAGCCGUGCUAGCGGCAGCUGCAGCAGCCGCGGCUGGACUCCCCAUACAAGUUCAACAAAGUGUCCAUAACUCAUUCUACAACACCACAUCCUUUGACCCCACCUACGCUGCGUUGAAGGGCAUUACAAGUGCUAAAGGUGCAGAUGGAGUGAUUUACGGUGCCCUUGCCAGCCAGGUAUAUGGAACCGUUGCUGACCAGGUCUACCAAGAUAUGGCCAAUCACAAUUCUGCGGCCGUUGUUGAAGAAGUAGAGCCACAGACCGGACCAGAUCCAACAACGCUUUUUGAGGCAGCAAGAGCCAAGUUCUUUCAGGAGGGACAGAAGGUUCUGGCUGAGCAGCAGGCAGGGAGAAAGGCAGCAUCUGCAGACAGUGAGCGGGACCGCAGCCCAAUCAGAGGAAAUCGAGCCCCCCUCCUACCAGACCCUGUUCCGGGUUCCUUUGCUCAGAUACGACCUAAGCGGCGAGCCCUGCUGCCAACACCACCUGGAGGACCUGAAGAGCCUCCAGCUGCCACCACCACUCCUGAAGGGUCAGAUCCUGUUGCUAGGUCUUACACAGAGUACUACCAGCAAAUGCAUCAAUACCAACAGUAUCAACAGUACCAGCAACAGUACCAGUACCUCCAGUAUGCCUACACCAAUCCUCCUCCUCCGCCUCCACCGCCACCGGCCACCACACAGGCACAGGCCUCCACCACAGCCACUGCACCCCCAGGGACGUACACAGCACCCCCAACGUAUGCGGCACCGGGAGCCUAUGCAGCGCCAGGAACGUAUGACACUUCGGGAUGUUACGCCUCAUCAGGGAGCUACAAUGCUACAUCUGGAAACUACGAGGCCUCGUCAAGAAGCUAUGAUGCAUCUGGAGGCUACGGGGCACCGGGAGCAUAUGAUUCAUCAGGAGCUUACGCAGCAGCGGGAAGCUACUCCACAUCCACACCGUAUGAGCAGACACCCGCACACGGGCAACCCAUGCCCCAGCGCCAUGAUUACCCUUACCACACGCCAGAACCCCCUUAUCGAUAGUCCCACCCCCACACACUCCUUCCACAAAGCAGAUUGUGUGUGUGUGUGUGUGUGUCUGCGUGUGUGUGUCUGUGUGUGUGUGUCUGUGUGCGUGUGCAUGUGUAUUUACAUAAGGGACAGUUUUAAAGGAAAAUCAGAGAGGGAGUGAGGUUGAAUGUAAUUCAUCUUAACCUAGUCUCUAGCUUGCCUGCCAGUUGAUGGCUGUGUGUCGUAGUAGGAUAACUAAUAUUGGAAUAUUGUCAAGCAUUCAGAAUUUCUGUUAGAUGUUAUGGAGGCCCAGCUGGUUCCGUGUUGGAUGUUAAAGGAGCUCAAAUGUUUCUUGGGACAAAGUUGGAUUUGGAGUCCAGGGUAGGAUCUCAUAAGAGAAGCCUUUUGUUUGUACUGAAUCAAGGCCUUUUAUGUACUCUACAUAAAAAUAUGAACCAAAUACGGGUUUCCUGAAUAAACUGUUUAGGAAAAAUAAGCAGUCCAAAAUAAACUGAUAAAAUAUUAAAUAACUAUUAAAAAAAAUAAUCCAUCUGGCUCCCUAACAAGAUGCAUUAAACUUGCUGCCUUCUUUAAUAAACACAUCUUUUAGAGAUCCAUAUGUCUCCGUGAUAACAAUUGUUAAUAUUAAAAUGUCCUCUAAACGCACACACUAUUGUUGGCGUAGGAGAACCCUGUGCGGAGUAUGUAACAGGCCUCUGUUUAAAUUCUGCGUGACCCCUUUUUGUAAUGUCUGUUUGUCCAGACAUUUAUCUGCCUGAUUGGUGAUACACAUCGACAAGAAGAGAAAGCCAAACUGAAUUGAAAUGGAGCGGUGCAUCAGCAAGGUUUUUGUUGCCUUUUCUGAAUAAUCUUCUUUUUCUAAAGAUCGCAAAUGUUUGUUCAUUGACCAGCUUGUCAAUUGUUUGAGGCUGGUUUCACUGAGCUGAUCAGAAAUUCCCACUCAGAAGUGAUGACGUAUUUUGGUCAUGGAAAUCUUUUGAUAUUUCAAAAAAAUCUCAAAUCAGCUUUUUGAAAUUGACGUUUAGAAAGUCACUUAGGUUCUUUUGUAACCCAAUUUAACGCUGGGUGAUUUUGUGAUCGCAUUUUGCAUGCCGGCAUUAAAAGUUUUCUUGGGGUUAUCUGUUUUCAGGGUGUCAAGAGUGACUACAGAGUAAAUGUGUAGUCCGUACAGGCCUUCCUGUUUAAUUGGGAGGGGUCGCAUAACUUAAUAUGGAUAUCACCAGUCUGAUUCCGCGUGCUUGAAGUUUCGUAGUUCGAGGGAUAGCCAAGUGUGAACAUGGCUUUGAUAACGACAGGAAAAUAAUAGUCUGAUGAAACAUUUUCAGCGAUUAAAUUGUCGUAUAUGACCUGGAUGUCUUCUUGAAGCCGUUUUCCAUAAUUUACCUUUCUUGUGUUUUCUUUCUUAGCCCAGGCUCUCUGUGUUUCUCGAGGCCUACGCAAACUCAGGGGUUAAAUAUAUCCUGUCCAGAGUUUUGGUCAAGUCAUUUUGUCAUUCCCAUUUUUCUUUUUCAGUUUUGUGUAAAAUUGCGAUCAGAGCAUCCUAUGUGAAAAGAAAGUUGAAUGCAUCCACGUGUUUCUCCCAUUUUUGGUCAUACUUGGUUGAACCCAGAAUUUGGACUUUUUUUUUCUUUUCUUUUUUUAAGACUGAAGAAAAUGAGUUUCUGUUCUUUUGUUGGUUUUGUACAUAUUUCAAUUUAUAAAAGCCAGAAGAAUGGCAGCAAGUUUUGUUUGGCCAAUGACGUUGAAAGAAUCUGAGCAUUAUCGGUGCUGUAAAUUUUGAAUUGGUUUUUGACAUUUUCUAUUAUUGGCUUUUGUUCCAGUCUCAUCAGCUGCUGUUAUGCCUCUGCCCACAUUGGAAACUAUUGGGGGAUUUAAAGGGAGAGUUGAACUAGUUUUCAGAACAGGAAAUGUACAAUUUGCUACUCAUGUAAAUACUUUAAACCUUAUUUUAGGCUGAAAAAGUAAUGCCAACCAACAUUUGGUUGAGUGGUAAGAAUAUUGACUGUUAAUAUUAGAUGUAAUGAUUGUAUUUCUUCCUAAACAGUUAGAGAUAGUAUAUAGACGAGAUGAAGUAGGACAGUUGAGUUGUAUCGGUCUGUUUUAGAAAAACAAAGAGGCAACCCUCAAGAAUAACGGUAAUCCGAUUACGGUCAUGCUUGAGAUGUAUUGAACCAUUGUGGCAUGGGAUUGCAUACUCUAAACACGCUGUAAAAAUCAGACAUUUCAUAUGAUUUGAAGGGCAGAUUCUAAAAAUGGGAGAAAACUGUAAUCACAAUUGGAGCUUAGAGCAGGUAGAAGAGUAUACUUUUUUCUAAAUGCAGUACAGUGGCGUGUUGCUGAUGUGUGUAGUGUAGGGUUGUUGACUGAGUGGAUACGAGGUGAUAGUCUUGGUGCUGCAGGUGAAUAUGAGGGUUGUUUUGGAUUUAGUAAAGGCCGCUGAUUUUCCCGAGCAGCAGCCAGAAGGGUCGAUAAUCUUUCCUUUUCCCACUUCUGAUCUUACCAGAAACACACACCUAUUUUUGACACUAGCAUUACUGGCUUUCUCUGCAUUCAUAUCACACCGAGACAGCGCCACAUGUGUAUCUAGAUGUAUUGUAACUGGGUUCAUUGCAUUUUCCUCAUGUAAAGCAGGCUACAUGUGCAAAUGAUACUAAUGCGCACCUGAUUUUAUAUGACUUAACAUUAGUUGUUCCGUUUGUGAUUGUAAAACACACUAGUUGUACCACUCAUCUUAUUUCUUAUACGCCACCUGAGUUGGUAGUGCUGUGUUAGGUUUAAGUGACACAUAGCCUCUCUAAAUUUCCACAUUAUUCCACCUUCUCCAUGUGAACUGUUAGUUGCAUGCCUUGUUGUUGCUGCUGCUCCAGCCACCUUCUUCCUCUUGCUGAUUAUUGCAGCUAGAGUGGGAGGGAGCCAAACUGAGCCCUUGCCCUGGACGUACGCCACACGCAGCUGUAGCGUGGGAUGGGGAUAACAGCAGCGUUAGGCCUGAAACUGCUGUGGACGAUGGGGUGUCUCCCCCACUAAGGUAAACACUCAGACCACACACUCCUGCCCCUCCCCAAAAACACAUGUACACACUCACAAACACACAGAUACACAUAUAUGCAUACUUCCUAUUCCUUACCAGGGAGUUUUAUUUGUCAGGAUUUCAUUCAUUUUUUUGGAAAUGGAUCUCUCAUCUUUUUUUAUUGGGAGAUUACCUUUUUUCCC